GUAAAUAUUCCAAUACCCGCGCAACAUCUGGGGGAAAAACUGAAACGCAAGUGUUAAGUGUAUUUGAUCGUCGCUUUCCUUUUUACUCCGUCUUCUACAUUUUCUAAUCCAAUUCCCGAGGAAGAAGAAUCCUUUACGUGACUCUUCCAAUUUCCGAGAAGCCAGAAACAAAAAAACAAAAAAAAACCCUUUUUGAUCUCCUCUCGCCGGCGGCGGCGAGUUAAUUCUUAUAUAUAUAUAUAUAUGGCAACUCAGUCGGCGGAGGUUUCUAGAGAUACGGUGGUAUCAAUGGCGGUUUCGACGGCGUUUCCUGGUUUCAAAUUCUCUCCGACGGACAUCGAGCUGAUCUCGUAUUACUUGAAACGGAAGAUGGAUGGCUUAGAGAGAUCUGUUGAGAUUAUACCUGAGGUCGACAUUUACAACUUCGAGCCCUGGGAUUUGCCUGAUAAAUCAGUCGUUAAAUCUGACAGCGAAUGGUUCUUCUUCUGUGCUCGUGGUAAGAAGUAUCCACACGGCUCACAGAACAGAAGAGCAACAAAGAUGGGAUACUGGAAAGCCACAGGGAAAGAGCGUAACGUGAAGUCUGGUUCCGAGGUCAUCGGAACAAAGAGGACGCUCGUGUUCCACAUUGGUCGUGCGCCGAAAGGUGGAAGAACCGAAUGGAGUAUGCAUGAGUACUGUAUGAUUGGAGUCUCACUGGAUGCUCUGGUUAUUUGCCGGCUUAGGAAGAAUGCAGAAUUUCAAGGAGCUACGAUUCAAAAGCCCGACAAGAACGCAAACUCGCAGAACGAAACCAUUUCAGAAAGUAUCUCUGACUGGGAAAAUAUGGUUGAUUUUUACUUAUCAAAUGAAUCAGGGCAUGAAUUACUUAGUGAAAUAGCAGAAUCUUCACAAUCUUCACAAAAUCCACAGCUAGAUGAUUCAACUGUCUUCGGUAAUACAUUGGUCGAUGUUCCGAGGCUUCAAACAGAGUCUACAACCACAAGAGUACUGCCUUUACCAAGCAUGGUAGACAAACAAAUGCAAUCACUUCUACAAAGACUUCCAUUGCAGAAUGACAUUGGUGAAGAAAAUAACAUAUCAAUGUCGAGUUGCUUUAUCGGUAUCUAUUCGAUUAAGUCGAUAAACCGAGCAAGGUGGGACGUUGUUGCUUGGGUACUGGUUAUGAUAGCUGUGCUGGUGUUUUAUCUGGUGUGA